UGUCUGUCGUCUCUGACUCUUUGUCUGUUGUUGGACAGCACCACUCUGCAGACAGACGAUGGAGACAUCCUGCUGGACUACUCCAAGAACCUCAUCAACCAGGACGUCAUGGCGAUGCUGCUCGCCAUGGCCAGGUCGAGGAAGGUGGAGGAGGCCAGAGACAAGAUGUUCUCUGGAGAGAAGAUCAAUUUCACAGAGGGUCGGGCUGUGCUCCACACUGCUUUGCGUAAUCGCUCCAACACACCGAUGAACGUCGAUGGUAAAGACGUGAUGCCGGAGGUGAACAGGGUGCUGGACAAGAUGAAGGCCUUCUGUCACAAAGUUGUCAGUGGGGAGUGGAGAGGCUUCAGUGGGAAAACCAUCACUGACGUUGUGAACAUCGGCAUCGGAGGCUCUGACCUGGGACCUCUGAUGGUGACCGAGGCUCUGAAGCCCUACAGCUGUGGACCCAACGUCUGGUUCGUCUCCAACAUUGACGGGACUCACCUGGUCAAGACCCUCGCUCAGCUGCAGGCAGACACAACCCUGUUCAUCAUCGCCUCCAAGACAUUCACGACUCAGGAGACCAUCACCAACGCAGAGUCUGCCAGAGACUGGCUGCUGCGGGCGACUGAGGACAAAUCUGCUGUUGCCAAACACUUCGUGGCUCUUUCCACCAAUGCAGUCAAAGUCAAGGAGUUCGGCAUCGACACGGCGAACAUGUUUGAGUUCUGGGACGUAAGUGUGUGAUCAUGUGACCAUGUGUGAAGCAGUGGCAGGUCGGUGACCUUUGACCUCA